AAUUUAAAUUGAAUCAAUUUAUAAUGAAUUAGAAUAGAUGAAAUUGAAAUAAUUUAUAUUAAAGGCGUAAAUAUUAAAUAAAAUAAUAAAUACCAAUCAACUCUUAUAAGUUAAACUUUCAUUUUGAAACUGUACCAACUAUAUACAAGAAUGUACUCAAUGAAAUCGUGAUGGACAAGUUGGUUCAUUUAUACUGGCUGUAGUAAUAUAAAUAUAAAUAAAUAUCGAAUAUAUAAUGAAGGAAUGAAUUCAUCUUUAAUUAUUCAAUGGUUUCACAGUUGAAUUGAUAACUAGACAAAUGGAUGAAGAAUUUGUUGAAACAGCUAAACUUAACCAUACUAUAGAUGAUGUUAAUAUGCCAGCAGUGACUGCUAGCUUAGAAAUGUUAACAGUAAAUACUAAUUUACAUUCAAUGUCAGAAAAUAAAAGGAAUCUUAGAAAAAGAGUGCCAAAAACAGUUUCCGCAGAACUUUUAAAUAGGAGAUGCAGUCUUAGACCAAAAAAAAGAAAUUGUAAAGAAAUGGAAAGCGAUGAAGAUGUUAAAGAUUAUUAUUUAGAUAAAAGUUUUAAGAAGAAAGUAAAUAAUUUGGAAACAAUUUUUGAAGAAACAACAAAUGGAAAUGAAAAUUCUUUAUAUAUGAGUGUAAAAAGGUACAAAAGGAUGAUCCAGUUUCAACAGCAACCCAAUAAUUCUAAAUUGCAAAAGAGAAGAACUAAAAUUAAAAAAGUGUUUGGAUCAAAGAUUAAUUUUAGACAUAGAUCAAUGCAAGAAUUACUUAAUAAGUUAAAUUACAUCAAAUCUAAUUCACCAGUGAAUUCUGAAAGUGAAACAAAGUGAUUGUUAUUCUGUAAGUGUUUAGUAGUGCUAUAUUUGUUUAUACUAUUUUUAUAAACAUUAAUGACAUGUGAAUUUAUAUAUCUUAAAAAAUAUAAUAUUAAGAAGUAUUUUAUGUGGAAUCAAUAUAAUUUAAAAAAUUAUACAUAUCUAAUAUUUAGUAUCUGUAUUCUAAUAUUAGUCAAAACACUUGAAACAUAUGUUUCAUAUAUAUUAUAGUGUUUGUAAUUGCAAAAUUACUAAACACUCAAUAGUAAUGACUGACAUGUUGUUCUAUAAUUCUAUAUAAGACUUUAUAUUGGUAUCAUAUGAACAUAUAUUAAGUCGAUAUAAUGACGACAAUUCACAUUAAUUAAUUGUUUGUACACUUAUAAGCUAUUAGUAUAUUGGAUAAUAUCAAACAUGAUAAACAAAAUUUUUGCUACUACAAUAAUACUUUGCGAAAUAUUGUAGUUUCUAUAUUUUUUUCGUACGAGUCAUUUCAUAGUAUAUAUAAGAAUGUUCAAAGUUUUUUUUAGAAUUUUUUUAAUAGAUGAAAAAUAAGAAGAACUUCAUAUAAUCAGCUUUAUUUACAAAAAUGAAUUUCUUACAAAAUAUAAAAGUACAUUAUUUUUUAAGGUCUUUUUUUUGCUUUCUGUUUAUUCAUUUCAUUUAUACCAGUAAAAAUAGAUUUAGUAUAAAAUACUGUUGUGUAAUAAGCAGAUUUCAAAAAUAUUUCUGAGAUAGAAAUUACUUUAUAUUACACUUUACCGAACUCCUUGCACAACCAUUGUAUUCUUUAAAAUUACCUUUAUUUUCUUUAUAUUCUUUACUAUCAAGAUUAAUACAAGCACAUCUGUGUUGUUUUGAAUUAGGCAUUUCAAAAUACAUUCUUGGAACACCGAUCCAAUCCCUUUCUAUACCACCACUAUAAAUUAAACAAAUAAAUUAUUUGUUAACGUGUAUAUAUAUAUAUAUUAUUUUUGUCAUAUUAUUACCUUCUUUUAGAACACCAUACAGUAGUGCCUAUAUCGACUUUCCAUUCCAUAUUGCAAGUCGGAAAUAAUUUUUUCUUUUGUUCUUCAUCUGCUAUUUCUUUUUUUGCAUCUAUUAAUUUUUGCUGUACUUUUAAAGACUCAAGCGUUGGAGUACCAUCUUCAUUGAAAUACCUUCCACUUAAUUUUCCUUUAAAAAAUGUAUCUUUUACUUUUAUAUUAAUGUUUAAUAUAUAAUUUUUAUAAUAUUGUA